UUAUGUCUUUUGUUAGCUGUGACAUGUUUUUGAAGCCUUUUAAUUUCAAAAGCAGUUGGCGAUAUGGAAAACUUUCAGUACAUAACCGAAACAAUUACCUUUUGAAAAGAGUUUCAAUAUUCUGUAAAGUACAAGUAGCCAUCAUUGGAGGUGGUAUAGCGGGCCUUACGGUAGCUUCUAUUUUGCAGAAAUAUAACGUUGACUACUGUUUAUUGGAAGCAAAACCUUAUCUGGGAGGUAGAGUUGCUACAGAUAAUGUCAAAGGCUUUUUAUUGGAUCACGGGUUUCAAGUUUUUAUCGAAAGCUAUCCAGAAGUCAAGCAAUUUAUCGACAUCAGUAGUUUGAGUUUGCAAUAUUUUGAACCAGGUGCCUUGAUAAGAACAAAUACUGGUUUCCAUCUUGUAGCUGACCCCUUUCGUAGACCCUUAUCUAUCUUUCAAAGUAUCCAGAGCCCUAUAGGAAAUCUUUCCGAUAAAUUAAGAGUUGCUUGGCUGAGGAAUCGACUCUCAACCAGUUUGAUACAAAGAAGUCAUCAUAAGAGGUUUCUUUCGACAGAAGAGUAUCUUGAGUCGUUUGGCUUCUCUUCUUCCAUUAUGCAACAAUUCUUUCGUCCCUUCUUACGCGGCAUUUAUUUGUCCGAAUUAGAAGACCAAUACUUUGAAGACUUUUUGUUCAUAUUUUCCAUGUUUUCUAAAUGCUAUGCUUCAUUACCAGCCAAAGGAAUGGGAAGUAUCCCUGCACAGUUGGCUUCGUCCCUGGAUCCUCACUCCAUUCGUCUGAAUACCAAAGUUGACUCAUUGCGUGGACGACAACUAGAGUUGAAUGGCGAUGAACAAUUGAUGGCUCAGAAAGUUGUCAUUGCAACUGACGGACCUCAUGCAUCGCAGUUGUUAGGUUCUGCAUCCAAUAUCCCUUCCUAUUCUUCUUCCUGUUGUUUAUAUUUUUCGAGUUCUCUGCCAACCCCAGUUUCAUUACCAAUCCUCAUUUUGAAUGGCACAGUUGAAAUAUCUUCUUCUAUUAUCAACAAUAUUUGCUUUCCUAACAAAAUCGCACCUUCGUAUGCACCUUCCGAUCGCAACUUGGUAUCUGUGAAUCUCCGACUUGAUGAGACAGAGUUACCGUUGGAUGAAUUAGUAACCAAAGCAAAGAAUGAACUUGAGAAAUGGUUCGACCCUGAUGUGGUGCAAGAGUGGCAGUUCCUUCAAUCCUAUCGAAUAGACCAUGCGUUACCUAAGCGAACUUCAAGUAUUAUUUCCGAUCCCCCUCCUAACAAGGUUUCUGAGGAUGUUUUCCUUUGUGGGGACUAUUGUGAUAGCCCUACUCUCAAUGGAGCUAUGGCAUCUGGACGUCGAACUGCUAUACAAGUAUUGUCUUCUUUGGGAAUGAAAGAUAUUCACGAAAAUGACCAAGUUCACUUCGAGUUGGUACUUACAAGAAACUCUGACGAGUCUAUGCGUAGAACAAGAGAAGAAUACAAAAAGCACUGUUUCUUAUUGAUAUCGUUCUUGUUGUUAUUGACGGGUUGUGACAAACGGAAAGACGUUGUUACCCAGUCUCACUUAUUGCCCACCAACCAGUGUAUUCCUUGUCCUUUCUAUAAGAACAGCAAUGAGACUUGUUAUUGUUGUUUUCAUCCAAACCAAAUACGAAAGAACCCAAAAAUAACGGCUUUACUAGCAGUUCGCAACGUCGAGUCAACGUUAUUCCUUGGGAUACGACACUUAACUGAAUUCUGUGAUAGCAUCGUGGUACUGGACGAUCACUCCAGCGACAACACUAUUCUCGAGUUACAACUGUUAUCGCGAUAUUAUCCAAUUGAAGCCAUUAUCUACUUUACUAGCCAAUGGAGCAAACGAGACGAACUUGGAGACAGACAAAUUCUACUAGAAAUGGGAAGACUGCUUCGGAGUACCCAUUUCGUGAUUAUAGACUAUGACGAAAUAUUCGCUGCUGACUGUGUUUCCAAUGGACGACUACGAGAACAAAUACUUCGACUACCUCGAGGUCAUUCGUUGUAUAUUCCGUGGAUUUUUCCAUGGAAUGGUACUCGAUAUCACGCAAAACCACUUCAUACUGGAUUGAACCUUCUCAACCGAUCGCUUUCCACUAUCUUCGCGGAUCAUGAAAGCUUGGAAUACCCUACCACAUCUUCAACUAGAACGUCGACAGAAAUGAGCAUUCAUAUUGGUCGCAUUCCUAACUUUCGAAACGGUAGCAAAACGACCACAUGGUUGGCCAACGAGUGUAAAAUAUUGGAUCUUCGUUUUGUAUCUUUACAUAACUUGGAGAAAAAAUUACUUUGGUAUGAUGCUUUGGGACGAAUAUUUAACGUUUCCAGAGAUGUAAGAGGCAAAGUAGUGGAUUCGUUAUAGUUACUUCGAUCCUUCUCUAUUUUACGAUUCCGACG